GAACGCCUGGAAUCUAGAAUCUGGUUCUCUCCCUCUCUCUCUCUUUGCCUAUUUUGUUUACGUCUCCGUUAAUACGUGUCGAUUGCACUCGAUGAAUUCGCAACCGAUACGGAACAAGACAAGGAUCAACGUUUUGUCGCCUUGUUCGGUUCAUGUUGGGCGGGUUCGUGUGCAACUGUUUGAGCUCUCGGGAAAGACAAAAUCGCAGUUCGAAUCGUCUCCGAAAUAUCUUCCCCUCUCGUUCUGUUCCCCGUUUUUUCCCGGGUUGAAUCGCGCGGUCUUUCGUCGCCAGGCAUUUGUUUCGAGAACUGAGAGAGGGGUUUUGCUUGUUAAUCGGUUGUCUCAAAUGGGUCUCGCGAUUUUCAACGUUUUGGAUUUAUGAUGUCGAGAGAGACGAGAGAUAUAAGGCCCGUGUUGUUGAAAUUCGGCGUGGCUGUGGCUCUUUCUCUCGGUGGGAUUCUCUAUUCGUUUCUCAGAGCCAAAAGGAUCAAACGGUCUCAAUCUCCUCUACCGGCCUCUCCUUCUUCUGAUUCUGACUAUCAAUUUCAUACAGACAGGGGAAAAGCUGAGAUAAAAAAUGAGCCUCAGGCAUCACGGACCGCAACUUCAGAGACACAUGAGGAAUCGUGUCUCCAUAAACAUAAGGUCCCUCCUGAUGGCUCUGUUGCCUGUCUCUCUCCAAGCAGUGGAGAUGGUGCGGAUAAAGAUGGGAUCCUCUUGCCGGAGUUCAAUGACCUUGUGAAAGAGUUUAACAUGGGUGACACAAAGGCUGGCCUGUCUCCCAAAAAAAAUGUGGAGAUGCCUUCCUCAGAUGUAGAAACGCCUAGAGCACUUGAGCCUGCUUACCCGGAGGAGUGUGAGCAAGAAAUUAGAAACCUGAAAAACUUGGUCAAAGUUCUUAGAGAGAAGGAGAGGAGCCAUGAGAUCAAACUGCUCGAGUAUUAUGGUCUUAAAGAGCAAGAAACUGCUGUCAUGGAAUUUCAAAACCGAUUGAAGAUAAAUAACAUUGAGGCUAAGCUUUUCACUCUUAAGAUCGAGGCACUGCAUAGAGAUAAUAGAAGAUUAGAGGCACAGGUGGCCGAUUAUGUAAAAGUUGUUGCAGAGCUUGAAGCAGCAAGAACGAAAAUAAAGAUGCUGAAGAAGAAGCUAAAGUUUGAAACUGAACAGACCAAGGAACAAAUUUUAACUCUUCAACAAAGAGUCAGACAGCUGCAGAACCAGGAAAGAGAGGCUGUCGCAAAUAAUUGGAAUGUUCAAGUGAAACUGCAGCAGCUCAAGGAUCUGCAGAAGGAAGCUGCGGAAUUGAGAUGCUCUAAUUACAGUUUACAGGUUGAAAAUUCCAAUUUGUCUCAGAGGCUGGAGAGCACUCAAAUUCUUGCACAUGCUGUUUUAGAAGAUAAAGAGGCAGAAGCUAUGAAGGUAGAAGUCCACCAUUUAAGACGUCAAAAUGAAGAUUUGUUGAAGGAAAUCGAGCAACUUCAAGCAGAUCGAAGUUCUGAUGUCGAAGAGCUAGUGUAUCUGCGUUGGAUAAAUGCUUGCUUACGUUAUGAGCUGAGAAAUUUUCAGCCGGGACCUGGAAAGACAAUUGCUCGGGACCUUAGCAAAACCUUAAGCCCCUCGUCGCAGCAGAAAGCCAAGCAGCUAAUAGUCGAAUAUGCAAAUAGAGAGGGCUGGACAGGAAAGGAAAUGAAUGUUACAGACUCUGAUUUCGACCAGUGGUCAUCAUCCUCUCAUUCUUAUGUUACAGAUUCCGGUGAGUAUGACGAUUCAUCUCUUGAUAAUUCCUCUUCUAGAAAAACUGAAAAUGCCCAUACUCUCAAAUCAAAAAUUUUGAGCAAGCUGAGGAGACUGAUGCGGAGAAAGGGGAGUCACCGUAGUCAGAGUUCAUCGCAGGGAAGAACUGCAACCGAAGAAUAUAUGAUGGCUAAUUCUAGUAAUGGACAAGGUAAUCUGUUGAGGAGUACGUCUGUGGAUUCGUGUACAUGUUCUGUGCAACUCGAUAGCACGGCAAAUCUGACAGAGGAUGUGAAGGAUCCGCGAGGUAGUUCCAGAAACAGUGACAUUGGACAGUUGAGCGUUUAUAGCGCUGGCAAUUUGCAGCCCAAAAACCAACUUCAUGGAAGCCCAGUAACCUUUCAGAAAUCUCAAGUGGUGAAAUAUGCAGAAGCUUUGAACGAUUCUGACAUUUUGUAUAUAUAGCUUUGGUUGAUAGAUUUUGUACACCUAAGAUAUCUGUUAUAGAAUGUAGACCUUCAAAUGCAGUUUCUGUUUGUGGUUUGGGAUUGCUUGCUUGUCGGCUCCCAAUUUUACCAUGAAACUGUUUAGAGGAGUUACGGAUUGUUUGUGAAAAUUAAGGAAGCCUGCUGUAUAAAACACAACUUAGCAUGCAUUUGGAUUCAA